AUGGCAAUUGCCUGGAUACUAUCGAGACGUACUGUCCCCUUGAGGAGCAUCUCACGGCUUUGGUCUACUUAUCCAGACAAGAGUCAGAUGGACCAGCCCCUCUAUAGUUCCCCCGUGGACGCUGAGCCACUUCAUCGCUACCGACAAGGCGGUUACCACCCAGUUGCCUUGGGAGAAUACCUGAAAGCUGGGAGAGAAGGGAUUUAUGUUGCUGUCAAAAUUUCUGUUGCAGAAAGGGACCAUGGUGGGGAGAUGCAAGAGCUCCAAAUCAUGAAGAAGUUGGCAUCCCGUCACCUUUGUCUGAAACAUACAGUGCACAUGCUUGAUAACUUUGAUCUAGAGGGCCCAAAUGGAUGUCAUAAAUGCCUAGUUUAUGAGCUUCUGGGGCCUGAUAUUCCGGACACAAUUGAUGCACACUUUUCUGAUGGGAGACUCCCUGGGAAGCUCGCCAAGGCCAUUGCGAAGCAGAGUCUUAUUGGGCUUGAUAGCUUGCACCAACAGAAUAUUGGACAUGGAGAUCUGCAUACCCGCAAUUUGGCCUUCACUAUGCCUUGCAUGGACGAUGUAACUGAAGAGGGGUUUACUGAGAUGCUAGGAGAACCAGAAAUUGGCUAUGUUCAAAGAAGUGAUGGGCAAGAUCUGGAGCCUGGCAUACCUGAAUAUAUUGUUAAGCCCACCUCAUAUCGGACGCAUUCUUGGAAUCCAGCUCAGUCAAUCAAAAUAAUUGACUUUGGGGAAUCGUUUUUAUCUUCUGCAGUUCCUCAAACACUACACACACCUCUAUCUGUCCGGGCACCUGAAGUGAUAUUUCAAGAUCACAUUGAUUAUCGUGUUGACUUGUGGAGCAUGGGAUGCAUGCUCUUUGAACUUUUCACAGGCCAGCCACCUUUUGACACCUUCUUUAUAACACCCGCAAUUCUUGUUGGCCAAAUGCGAGAGAUGGCAAGUGAUGAUAUACCUGAAAGAUGGCAAGGGAUAUGGGAUACAAUGAACACAGGGGAUGGCAGAGCCACAGAAAACACCGGGUCCAACUUGCAGGAAUGGCUGGAAGAAGUGUAUUUUGAAGGCCUGAAGAGUCCUGAUCUCACAAGAGAGGACAUAGUGAGGCUGGGGCAAAUCAUUGGAAAGUUAUUGAAGUUUGAACCGUCUGCAAGAGCGUCAGCGAGACAAGUUCUAGAUGACCCUUGGUUUAAUAAGUGA